GGACAUAUUCUAUUCUAAAAAACAAUCGGAUUGGUCUGUGAUGGGGAUGAAUUAAUCAUUGAAAUUGUAUGGAUACAAUGGGGAAGCGUUGUAGGGUUUUGAUAACGAUUGUGAAAGGAUUCUGCGGAUGGCACGCGACUUUGAUUGAUUAGAUCGUCUAUCAUUUGUGCGACUGAAGGCCAUAUUUCUCCAACUUCUCGCUGUUACUGCCUACAGUACUGUAUGUCUAUUGCUUCCGCUCAGAACCUGCACGUUAUUCUGAUCUGAGUAGCCCAUCAUGAAACCACUCGAAAUACAGACGGAGAAUACGUGGACCGGCGACAGGGAGCUACUUACAUCAAUGCUGGCUGAUAAUUCUCCACCAUUGUAUGUCGAGCCUUCUGCAGAAGACGAGAAAAGAGCUCAUUUCAUGAGGUGGAAAGCGCUGGGAAAUACCGAAGGAAUAGCAGCACCACAGCGUCCAUUUCCACAGAUGGCACAUAGUUCAACACUCACGACCCAUCAGGACAUUCCACUGCCAGUAACACAAAAGGACUCCAGUGUGGCUAUGGUAUCGGGUAGUCAUGACAACAGUUGCACCAGUAUCGGCCUGUCUUUGAGAGCACUGACAUCGCCGAGAUCAGAUAAAAAAAUUAAGUCCAUGUUGGACCUUACAGGUGGUUCGUUGGCAAGUUGUAGCCAACAUUACGUCGAUGAAGUCCCUGAUUUCCAACGCGUGCUGAACAGAAUGGUGUUUGAAGUAGACAACCUAACGAAGCAGAGUGAGGUAGUUCAGGCCAAGGUGGAUAAACUAAACCGGGGUGAUUUGGAAACGGACGCCUCAAAGAUACAUCAAAUGACAGCCAAGGAGAUGUCAGACCUGACAGAAAGCGUGUGUGCCGUCCAGACGAUGCUGUCAGAGUUCCAGCUCACGGCCCGUGAUGUCUGCGAUGACAUUCGUCUCAUCAAGGCCGGGGCGGAGAAACUGCAGACCAGAGUGCAAGAAACGGAUGGCGCUCUGAGAAAAGUAUUGAGCGAAAUAAACACUUUAAAGUUAGAGCAAAGGUCUCUGUCGAGAUCUUUGGACGCUAGCUCUAUAACAAAAGGCGAAAUAUUGGCGGAGCUGACAGAUCUGAGAAACAAGAGUAAACGCCCGACUUCCCCAAGUAAGAACUUCUUUAGACAAGCACCAAGAUUCCAAAGUACUCAGUCUUAUCCACCGAACUACAGACAAAGGCUGAGAAAGACGCAGACUUUCACAAAAUUGUCCUUCAAUCUGGAUUUCGGCACUCCGAUUAUGGAGGAAAGUAGUGAGGGUUCUACAAGGAAUAGCACUCCUGAGAGUCAAGCUUCUUUCAAAGUUGGAGACCCUAAAGAAAAUGGCCUUGGUCUGGCUCAAAUAGAAGACUUGAAAACAGUGGUUAGUUCUCCAGACUCCACUGAGGAUCCUAUGCCAAACAUCUGUACUAUAGCAGAGCCAGACAACAGAAGGGUACGGCACCCACAGUUCCCCUGGGACAGACCGGUAAGCCCUGUAACACGGACAGACGAAGAGAACAUCUUACCUACGCGCAUGGAAGACGAUAAGAUGGACCGUCUGCAGGUCACAAAUGCACAGCGAGCACUGUAUACAAUGAGCCCGAACACCUUUGCAAAAAUAGCAAGACAUCGUGGAGUCAAUGUCACCAAAAGCUCGACGGCCAUCCCCCAAAGGGAUAAUACAAACGCAAAGAAGGAUUCAUUGUCCUGUAUUUUCUGCAAGAAGACAUUCAAAAAACGUGAAAACACCGGUAAAGCCUGUCAAUUUCAUCGGGGCUACUUCGACACGAAAAAGCAGACCUGGACAUGUUGUAGAAAAUUAGGCAAGCAUGCGAAGACUUGUGCUGUUGGGCGGCACUUUCCUACUAACAGAUAGCGUCAGCAGUACAUUACUCCCGUCAAGUCAUCAAUUCUCUUAUCUAGUGACAUUAUCAAUAUUGAAAAUGCUGCAACGGUAACAUGAACGUUUACGUAACCCUAUUGAAGGUGGCACUGGUAAGAGAGUAGAUAUGAACUACCUGUGAGUACACUGAAAAAAGUGGACACUAUGCAAUAAGCCGAAAUGUUUAAGCAGGUAUUUAAUAUCAAAUCUCAUUGUAAAAAUAUUCCUACCCGGCAUUGUCAUUUUUAUUGACAAUUCGAGAACUUUCGAAGUAUAUAUUGCUGUUGACCUUCUUUUGCGAAAGGUCAAUCCAGCCGAUCUUGACAAACAUUAUUGUUGAUAUUGUUCGGGGGAUGGCUAUAGAUGUCAUGACAAAGAGCCAUUUACCACGUUUGGAUCCUCGUAUAUCAGCAGGAUUAAUGCAGCUAGCGCAAUUACCCCCUUUGGUAACGCGUGAAACAUGACUCCCACGCGUUACGGGCCAACUCAUUUGACCAACUAAAACAAAUUAUA